GCCUGCACAGAGAGAAAUCACAACACUUGACUCAUCUGUGUGUCACUGCUCUUCCCUUGCUACACUGACACAGAUAGACAGACAAACGGCGGAGAGUUGAAAUUAAAGGAACCUAUUCAGGCGGACUUGUACUGGAGACAUGACCAAAGAGACCGAGACUCUGGGACUGGUCGUUCAGAACGAGAUUUUCAACUAUAACCAACACACGAACUACAUCAUGGACUCCUGGCCCUACCUGGAGGGCACCGUGCCUGAGGUGAACCACUCCAAGCCCAGACUCCACCCAGGAGACGACCUUGCAGCCUUAACGAUGCUUUAUGAGCAGUGCAGGAGCCAGAAAGAACAGAAAAAUUCUGCCUGCAACCGGAAUGUCUGCAAACCAACAGAGAGGUGCCUACCCAUCCCAAAUGAGCUUGUUUCGCUGGAGACGCCCGCCAACGUCAUGAAGAUUCUCUCUGAGAGCAUCCCCACCACUCACCCACAGGAAGUUCUGGGAUCUAAGCAGAACGCCCCCCUGUCCAUGUCUGUCCCCACCCCCUCCGACACAUACGCCACCCUGACCAGUGUUGUACCAGACACUUACGACAAGCAGGACCUCAACAACAUCUUUGACUCGCUGCUUCAGAAGUGGCCGGAGACCAGUGCUUUCCCUGACCCCAGCACUGAGACUCUCCCCUACAGCGAACCCUUCACUGAAAACCACUCCAGCCCUGUCUACUCAGGCUCCUACGCCAGCUCCCCACCGGAGAGGUUCAGGAGUGAGUUCCAGUUUACCCUCGGCGCUCCCGCAGCCUCCUCUUACAAGUCCAGUGAGCUACCCAUGGUGUACCUGAACAAGGGACAGUUCUAUCCCAUCACUCUCCAGGGAGUGGACAGUAAUGCCUACAUUACUGCCACCAAGGUGAAGACAGUGGUGAUGGCCGUGUUCGAGAAUGACAAGAGCCCAGAGAUGCAGCUCCGCUUCUGGAAUCACUGGCAUGCACGCCAGCCAACCGCCAAGCAGAGGGUUAUUGACAUCGCGGACUACAAAGAAGUAUUCAGCGGGAUUGGCAACAUAGAGGAGGUGGCCUUCAAUGCUCUCUCCUUCGUGUGGAACCCCAAUGAGGAGGCCAAGGUAUACAUUGGGAUCAACUCCCUGAGCACCGACUUCUCUUCUCAGAAAGGGGUGAAAGGUCUGCCGCUCAACCUACAGAUCGACACUUACGAUUUCAGCUCGGGCACCAAUCAGCUGAUCCACAGAGCUGCCUGCCAGGUCAAGAUUUUCUGCGAUAAGGGUGCAGAGAGGAAAAUGAGAGACGAGGAGAGGAAGAGAUCCAAGAGGAGGGGGAAGAACACCAGCGAUGCCAACACUAACAAGUCUUUAGUGAGCAGCUCCGUGAGCACCGAGUGUACCUUUUUCCAGACCCUGGAUGACCACAUCACCCAGCCUGUUCUCUUCAUCCCAGAGACACACCUCUCCAGUUUACAGCGCAUGGCCCCUCCCACUGACGAGAACGAUAGGAGUUCUCUGAAGAGGUUGUACCCAGACAGAGAACAAAAUAGUUCUCCUCCAAGCAAACAAGCCCGCAGAGAAGACCCACAAAGAGUUCUACUUUACCUGAGGACAAGCACUGAAGAGGUGUUUGAUGCGCUCAUGCUCAACUCGCCAACACUGUCGGGCCUACGAGAAGCUAUUUCAGAAAAGUACGGUAUGCAAAAAGACACCAUUGGGAAAAUCUACAAAAAGUGCAAGAGAGGGAUUUACGUCAAUAUGGACGACAACAUCGUUGAACACUACACCAACCAGUCGGCCUUCCUCAUUGAGAUGUCCGAGGUGGUCAACGGUCAGUUCCAAGUCACUCUCACUGAAGUAUGAGGAGGAGGAGGAGAAGACGAAGAAGAAGAAAGCUGCCAUUGAAGGAUGAAGAGACAUAGCUGCCAGUUAAAAACCAUCUUCUUAAAGCACUGCCCCAACAGAGACAAUGUAAGCGGUGGUUGCCAAAGCCAAGAAGAGAACUGGACUGAGCGGACCUCUCCAGUUUUUCUGAUUUCAGAUUAAAAAAAGAAAAUUAUAAUGUUACACCGUUUCCUAUUUUUGUAAAUACCACUCCACCCCUUGAUCGUAUUAUUUGAAUUUAAUAUUGUAACGUAAGAGCAAUUAUGAUCACCAGCGUGUAAAUAUCUAAUGUAAAUAGGUUUUAAUAUGACAGUGUUUUAUGAACUAACCAUGUGCAUGUUGCAAUCCAUUUUCCACAAUUUGCUAUGUAUUUCAAUAUUUUUUUAUCUUUUUAUUUUUAAUUUUUUACUUCAGAGAGGUCUGUGCAUAAUUUGCGUACAGGAUAUUCAUAUUUCCAGCAUUUUUUUAAAUUUUUUUUUUUUGCUACUCUCGCUGCUUUCAGUGUAUUCAUCAUUUCUCCUAGAAAAGCCAUUGGUGCGUUUGCUUUACACACAGUCACCGCAAGGAGCAUCUUCCUGUAGGUUCCUUCUAGUUUCACCAGAUACUAGGGCGCAUUAAGAACCUAGUCAGACAUUUCCACCCUUUAAACCACACAAAACUAAGUAUUGGCCAUCAUUUUCCCCCAAAGCUGUGGACAUUUCCUGCCCGUUUGGUGUAACCACAGUGGAGUCGGUUCCUUAAAGCCCUGAGGUCAGCCAAAGGACUUUUAUGGUAUGCGUGUAUAUAUGUGUGUGAGACUUUUUUUUUUUUUUCUUUUUUUCUUAUACGCAUCAUUUCAAAGCGAACAUGUAUCCCUGCGUUAUUUCAUUAUCAUAUGAUGGCAAUUCCGGUUUUAUUAGUCCUAUGUUGCAACUUUUGUAAGAAAAUAAAAAAAAGUGCAUAACAA